UUGAUGAGCGUCCUCGAGAGUGCGGUACAGCCUACGCUCAAAGCACUGUGGAGAUGGAGCUCGCCUCCAGCAAUCAGCUCUAUCGUGCUAUGAAGUAUUCUCUGCUGUCGGGGUGCGCGCAGAAGCACGCUGCGCACGGUCUGUGCGCGCAGCUGGGAAGCGGCCGCGCAGCGCUCGCGCAGAUCGCGGCUGUGGCCUCGGGCUCUGAGCGCACUUUGAGGAAUGCAAAUGCUUUGCAGAUUGAGAAGCUGCCACAAACAUCACAGCCACACCCGGCAUGCCGGGACACACCCGUGCCAGGCGUGUGCGUUCAAGCCACGAGAAACAAAGCGUAAAGGCACUGAAAAUGUUUUAGUGUGAGCAGUUAGAAUCAUCGCAGCUGCUGUCCGGAUUCGGGGUCCUCACCGCCAGCCCCGGGCUGCAGACGCCCCGCCACCACCCGCGUGCCGCCCCGCUUUCAGGGCGCAGCAACCCGACUUCUCAUCACGCACCAAACGCGCGACGUUUGCGCAGAACCAACAAACAGAACGGUACAGCCGGCCGGUGACGAAAGCACCGCGGCAUCCCUACGCCGUGCCGGUUGCGCUGAUUGCUGCGUGCCCGGCUCUCUUUUCCCAUUUCCCCGCGGCCCGGAGCCGCCCCGGGGCGGUACCACGAAGCCGAGGCCUGCGCGGCGGCUGGGCGGGGGCAGCAGCCAUGGAGGUGCAGGUGGCUCCGCUGCGCUCCUGGGAGGACUUCUUCCCCGGUUCCGAUCGUUUCGCCCGGCCCGACUUCAAGGACAUCUCGAAAUGGAACAACAGGGUGGUCAACAACCUGCUCUACUACCAGACCAACUAUCUGAUGGUGGCCGCCGUCGUCGUCGCCAUCGUGGGAUUUCUGAGUCCUCUGAAUAUGCUCAUUGGUGGUACCGUGGUGGUCCUGGUGUUCCUGGGGUUUGUGUGGGUGUCACACAACAAGGAUAUACUUCGCAGGAUGAAGAAGCAGUACCCAACCACAUUUGUGAUAGUCAUCAUGCUGUCUAGCUACUUCUUGAUCUCCUACUUGGGAGAUGUCAUGGUGUUCAUGUUCGGAAUCACUCUUCCUCUCCUCUUGAUGUUUAUCCAUGCUUCUCUGAGGCUCCGGAGCAUAAAGAACAAGCUGGAGAACAAAAAGGAAGAAAUAGGUUUGAAGAAGACCCCAAUGGGUAUCAUACUGGAUGCUCUAGAACAGCAGGAAGAUAGUAUCAACAAACUGGCUGACUACAUAUCUAAAGUAAAGGAGUAAGCAACUGCAAUGUGGUGUUUUUACCUGUUGCAAGAGUGUAAUUGCUAUUUACUAUUGUUCAAGCUUGCUUUCAGUUUGUGUACAAAACAAGAAAUGCACGUGUGGUACAGAUUAAUAAUUGCAGGAUACAGUAUUCCAAGGAAUUCAGGGCUCCUCUAUGAAUAUUAAAAGAGUAACUUUUUUUGUUGUAUAAUUAAAUGUUCUGGUGUUUACACAAAUACCGACUUAAACAUAUUUGCUUGUCUCUUCUUCCUGGGGGGAUAAAGGGAGAAGAGAUGGAAACCUACAGAAUGCAGUCUCUUAAAUGUCUUGCAACAAAUUUGUCUGUUAGUGAGAGUAACACUCCUUUCAUCUCAGUUCUCCAAGAUGGCAGUUUAGCCAGUUUGUUAUGCUGUGUAGCACCCUCAUGCUGGCAGUCUUCAAGGUGAGCUGGAAUGUAUUGAAAGUAUGUAUCUCUUGCAUCCUCUAAACCCCUAACUCCAGUGGUCUUGUAUUGAGACCACAUUGCUAGCCUAACUGGCAAGUGGUAAAACUGUGCAAUACCUGUAACCAAUAUGGGUUCUGUCCUCACCUCACAUUCCUCCUUUGGUAGCUGGGGAACAGUCUAAAUAGAUCUAAGCAUGAAGAGUAUAUAUGGCACCGUGCCUCUCAGUUCCAAUGAAACAUACCUUUGUGCUCCCUGAAAUCUUCAUUCUGUUGAUCUCUAGAAGUUGCUCUUCUCUGCAAGAGAGGCAGAACUUCCUCAUGUAACUAAACCCAAACAUGGGAGGAAAAAAGUUUUUGGAUAAGCUAGAUGAGUUACAUUUCUACCCUAUUGAUGUUUUUAAACACUGCUACUUUAGGACUUACCUUGUUCUGCUUUAUUCUGUAUCAGCUGUUUUGUAGAUGAAGGUGUAUGUGUGUUUUCAUGUGUGCUUUGUUUGGGUUUUUUCCUUAAGCAGAAUGCAAACAUAGAAGUAAAAUUCGCACUUCACUGACUUUAGUGCUGACAGUCUUCAAAAGAAUGAACUGGGUUUCAGGUUUAUGAGUAAAAGCAAUAAAUGUCAAGAUACAGUUAUUGAAUACCCAUUCCAAAUUCAUACGGACACUUGCCUGUAACAACUCCUGACAGUGAUGUGUGGGAUUCUUUUAUAUAUAUUUUAACUUAAUUACCAGCUCUGAUGGAAUUGUCUUGCUAAUAGCAGCUUGCAGAAUAUAAUGGGAAAAAACGUUGUCCAGGUGACACUCCAUUAAAAUAUUCUUGCAUUUCUCUUUUUCUAACAAAGUAAUUAGUAUAACAAUAAAGCAAACAUCCUUACGGUUGAAGCUUUUAUGUAACUUACCAUGCUGUUUUCAUAGUGAGCUGUGUAGAAAUCUGAACACGUCAUUCCAUUUAAGUGUUAAAGUGAUCAGUAUUUAUUGAAAAUAAUUCCAGCUGGAGAGUCAAUGGCCUGUUCCUCACAUGUAGCGCAUGGUCUUUGUUUCUGAAAACUGUUUCCACACUUAAAAGUAGUAGCCUAUGACUUCAUCAUUACUGUAGAAUUUUAAAAAACUGCACAGUUAUGAAGAAAAAUAAACUCUAAUGGUGAUU